AACGCCCGCCAGAACCAUUCAAUUUGAGGCUAUUAAUCCCAAACGAAUUUCCGUUGAUGCAUGUUCCUUUAAUUUCCUGAAAACUGACAGUUUUUUCGCGAGCUAACGAAGUCGGCCCGACGAGCGAGAUAAACAGCAUUAAUUGUAUUAAUCUAUGUUAAGCUACCCUGGUUUAAUUUCCUUUUUUUGCAAAGGCAAGUGCUUAAGAGUAGUAUCUUCGUUAAAAGUUUCAUUUCUUCGACUUUAAGUAAAUGAAUAUUUCACUUUCGCCUCUGAUGCCAUUCUCUGGGACGGUAAUGAAAUAAUCGAGGCGAAUUUUUCAACAUCCGCAGUGCUGGGAAAACUAAAAAGUGAUAUUUGAUUGUUUCCAAUUAAAUCUUGCAAAUUGAAAUAGCAUGAUCGCUUAAUUUGUGCACGGGUCGAAAAUAUUUGCCACGAAAACUUAGCAAAAAUAUUCGCGGUUUUUAAUUGAUUCUCUUGCGGUCCGAUACCAGAAAACUUCGAUUUCUACUGGUCCUGGGACGCUCGGAGCCCGUUCUCGUGUUUCGGAAGUUUCCGUCGUUUUGAAACAUUUUCAAGUGUUCAUAUGAAUGGUGUAAACUUUGUGAUGCCGUGUGUUGAUAAGGCAGCGCAAUUUGCGGUAAUACGCUUAAAUCUCAAAUGAUAACUCGACCAGUUAUUUAGAUGUACUCUAAAAGCUUGAUAACUUCGAAAAUAUUUGUUGAUGUGGCUGACAGGCGAAGAAAGGCAGUGUUAAUUAAAAUGAUUUUUUCGCCCGACACUCGCAAGAUGGCGGCAAUUACGACCAAUUACUUCUCAUCAAAAAUGUGUAAAUUUCAUUAUUUCGAAUUCUCCCUUUCCCCAAAUUGUUUGCUUAGUAAGCCGGCGUAUGGCCGCGAAACGCAGCUGAAAGUUUCUUUUUGGAAAUAAAGCGGCCGUUUCGAAGAAGUUUUUCAAUUGCUAAACGAUGGCCAAGUUACGAAAGAAAGGCAAAACAGAAUAUUCCGCCUGGAGCAGUGUUUGUCACAUAUUGCGCUUCUCGUAUCUCAUAAAGGGAGUUUAAUGUUGAUAUAAUUAGGUCUUUAUUGGAGUUCUAUAGGAUUGUUAUGUUAAUCUAGAUAGGGAUUAAUGUUAAUAAAUUCUAAUUGUAUUUUACUUGAAUGAAUGUUUUGCCAAUAACCGUGUUCGUGGAUAAAUGCGUUGAUUGGUUGUGAAAAGGGAAAUUUCACCCAAAAGAAAACCGCCGAGCAAGAAUCCCUUUGCUAAUAAUAGCAAUUUAAUUUAGCCAGUCGGCCACCGUGUGAGGGUUAUAAUUCCCCCUGCGGGCCUACUAUUCAUGCACGACUAACUGAACUCCCGGCAUCAUUAUGAACGAAAAAGCGAAGCGCUUUCUGUGAUGCGAAGUAUUCGUUGGACAAGCUGCUGACAGAAUACUUGACGCCAAGCGAAAUGGAAAUCCCAAACACCGACAGCUUCCCCUCCAAAGAAAGGCAUGGUGUUGUCUCCUAUAGCAUAAACGGAAUCUUAGGCCUUACUAGCGAGCCUGUUUCGGUCAAGGAUCUCAGCAGUAAAAAUGCAAAGGAAGCAGAAGCAGCCGAAGUAACAGCAGAGAGUAACGUUCAAGACGAGGCAAGUGAACAGAUCACCGGAGAUGGAGACGAACAAGUCAACUCUCCUACUGAAGAUGCUUCAGCCGCGGCGAAAAAGAAAAAGACUCGCUAUCGAACAACGUUCAGCCAAUAUCAACUUGAAGAACUCGAAAGAGCGUUCGAUAAGGCGCCAUAUCCUGACGUAUUCGCACGGGAAGAAUUGGCUUCAAAACUUGGCUUAACAGAAGCAAGAAUUCAGGUCUGGUUUCAGAACAGACGAGCGAAAUGGCGGAAGCGUGAAAAGCUGUGUGCAUUUGGAGCCGUUCCCCCCGGGCAUGGCAUGGUCUACCCGUGGUUGCACCAGGAGCCGUUUUCCCCAAGCAGUCCGUAUCCGGUAACAUUUCCCUCGGGUCUAGGACAUGGAAGUACCAGGGACAUUUGCUCUUCAUUUUAUCAGGCGUCUCCACACCCCUUACAGUGCUAUCGCCCUGCAGUUCCGGGUGUAAUACGCCCCCCAUGUCCCGACCCCCGAGAAUGUCCUUGUUCCUGUAGCAUGUUACCUCCGACAGGGGGCACGUGCUUUAUAGCGCCUCCUUUCCGACUUGAAGAAGGGGGCCGGGGAUUGGAUGUCCUACCGGAACAUUCGGGUGGAAUAGCAAGGGAGACAACUCGGGUGUCUAGCAUUGCUUCGCUUCGUCUUCGUGCAAAAGAACAUCAGAUGAACAUUGUGCAGAUUCUUAGCAGGAAAUGAAAGGCUUGCUGCAAUUGUUGGGAAAUUCUUGUUUAGAUAGUCGAGAUAGAAAAACGAGGUUAAAAAUCAGACAUCACAAUUUGAGUAACAUUCUGCCUUGUAGUUUAUUGGCAAUCAUAAAUUAAGUGUGGCACCGAAAUCUGGGCGUUGAACAAGUCGAAGUUAGUAAUGAACAAUAUUUCAUCCGCGUAUCGGAAAAUGUUAAUAAAAUUUAGUAUUUUCUGUAUUUGUAAUUCAACGAAUAGUGCUUACAUAUCGGAGGUUGUAUAGACCUGUAUCAGGUUUUUAGGACAAAAUAAAAUAAAUACAGCUCAUAAAUGUAAAUAAAUUUAUAUUGAUCUUAAUUUUAGUUUGCCUCAUUUUUUGAAAGAACAGAAUAUUUAGUCGGUUGAAAUUGAAUUUAUGCAAACAAAAUUUCCAGUUUAUACUUGUUGAUACGUGCCAUAAUACUGGUAUAUACUUGAUGGUAGUAUUACAAUACUGGUAUAUACUUGAUGGUAGGGUUUUAAAGUUACGGGAUAACUGUCUGAAAAAUUACUUAUCUUGACAUGACUCGCAAUUUAAUCAUUGCUGAUUUUAUUGGUGAAACUUGUUUCUUAUUUUAAACAAAGACGAGAACGAUACUGAUAAGAGGUUGUACAUUUAUUUACAACAUGGAUGUGACAGAAAAACUACAGGAAGCUACCUUGGAUGAGAAGACAUUUGAUAACUAAAUAAAUUAAAACAACUCGAGGAUAGUUUUAAUAGAGUAACUGCAACCUAUAUGAAAGACACUCCCAUCAUCUCUUCCUUCUUCCCUGUUUAAAACGUCCCUAGGAAACGGAUCAGUUGCUUAUCUCCCCCCGGUAUAAGCCAUAAUAACCCACCUUUUCUCAUCAACUGACCACUGACUGAGAUGAAAAUAUUACAUACCAAACUAUGACCAGUGAAUAAUUGUUAUAUAUAGGGAGGUUGCAAA